UUUCCUUUUUUCUUUUUAAGGUAAUCAAAAUCAAAUAAAAGGAAAAAAAACAACAAAAAGUAAUCCCAGUAAAGUGUUGAUUUUCAACCCAGAAACAAACUGAAUGAUGUAUGAAAUUAAUAAAUCAUUGACUGAAAGUGAUGAUUUUUGUGUGUGCCUGCUUGCAUGUCCAUCACUUGGCCUUAAGCCCUUGAAUUUGGGUCCGCUGAGUUGUUUGCAGCUAGAGUGAGUCUUAGGGCUAUAAAAAACGGUUUUUUAGAGUGCGAAUGUGCAGAGCUUGAGGCACAAAAUGGCUUCUGCUAAUGAUUUGACAGAGACAGAGAGGAGCACAGCAAAGAGCCUUAGACAUGUGGGGAGAAAGCUCCUCAAGUGCUCUUCGGUUCACAAGCUUCUGCAACUCCUUGAUAAAUUGGAGCUGCUAUUAUCAUCCCUGGAUCAAGAACCAACUAAGCCAAUUCAAGAAUCACUUGUACCUGCAAUGAAGGCAUUGAUUUCCGAUGAACUUUUGAGGCACACAGAUGGGGAUGUUAAGAUUUCAGUUACAUCUUGCAUCAAUGAGAUUACAAGAAUCACUGCACCAGAUGUCCCUUAUGAUGAUGAACAAAUGAAGGAAAUAUUCAAGCUCACAGUGGCAUCUUUUGAGAAAUUGUCUCACAUAUCUGGCCGUGGCUAUGAAAAAGCACUUACCAUACUCGAUAAUGCCAAUAAAGUCAGAUUAUGCUUGGUCAUGCUGGACCUUGAGUGUAAUGACCUGGUUAUUGAAAUGUUUCAGCAUUUCUUGAGAUAUAUAAGGUCAGACCAUCCCUGUAAUGCAAUUCAUUCAAUGGAAUCAAUAAUGACCCUGAUUUUGCAAGAAAUUGAACAAAUUUCCCCAGCUCUUCUUAGACCUCUGUUGGAUAGCGUAGGGAAUGAAAAUCAGAUUAUUUCACCUAUGUCUUGGUCAUUGGGGGAGAAAGUAAUUAGCAACUGUGCUGUUAAUCUCAAGCCUUAUCUCAUGAAGGCGGUGGAGUCCUCAGGCAGAGCUCUAAAUGAGUAUGCACAGAUACUAACUGAUAUUUGCCAGAACCAAUCUGAAUCCCCUCAGUGUGAUGAUUCAAAUGGUUCUAAGAAGACAGUGGUUCAGGAAGCUGAGAACAAGCUUGAUGUUCCUAAAGAUGCAGAGGAACAAUCAUGUGAUGUUCAGGAAGCUCAGAACAAGCUUGAUGUUUCUAAAGAGGCAGAGGAACAACCGUGUGAUGUUCAGGAAGCUGAGAACAAGCUUGAUGCUCCUAAAGAUGCAAAGGAACAACCAUGUGAUGUUCAGGAAGCUGAGAACAAACUUAAUGUUCCUAAAGAUGCAGAGGAACAACCAGUUGAUGAAACCAAGGGGCAUGAACUGGAUAUUACUGGUGAGAGAGAUGUCCAAAUUUUGGAUGAUACAAAGUCAAACAUAAGAAGUGGUACUUCUGCCAUGGAUGGUGAAUCGAUAAACAUAUCUGGUUCAAAAAGGAGACCACAUUCUGCAAUAACUAAGAACUCCAAAAGAGGAAGUGCAAAAGCCAAUUUGGAAACUGACAAUUUAGAGUCUGUUCAGGAACCAAAAUCAGAAAUGCAGUUGAAUACUGUGCCAAGGAAGAGGGGCCGUAAGCCUAAUUCUUUACUGAAUGCAGAGGAAGGCUAUGAUCACUCAUGGAUUUAUCAAGAAAGAAAACCUGGGAAAUCAGCUCUAUCCAGGAAGGCUUGCAAUUGCAGUUCUCCAUAUCCAUCUUCUGAAAAACCUACUUCCAGAAAGGAUAAGUUGCAUCGGAAGCCUAAAACUGUAAGUGAAACUCUAGUUUCUAUGUUGAAAAGUGAGAACAUAGCAAAACCUGCCCAAUCCAGAAGGACUCAAAAUAUUGGCAGUGAUUUUCCAGCUAAUGAUACAAGUGAACCUAAACAUAAAACUGAUGAGAAUACGGAUGCUGCUCCUGUAAAUAAUAACAUUCCUGAUGGACGUCAUAUCAAAUGCGGUCAGCCAAGGAAAAUAAAUAACACUGGGAAUCAAGAUGUUCAUUCCAAUUCUCUGUCAAUAUUAAAGGAAGACAACUUGAAUUCUCUUCUUGAGAAGACUUCUCUGGAUUCCCCAGCAGUUAGGUUGGAAAAGGAAUCUGAAGUAAGGAAGGAUUCUGAAAUAAAACCCAUUAGGAAAAUCAAAUUUUCUGUAAGGGUUGAUGGGAAACUUGUGGCUCCAGAAUCAGUUGCUAAGAGGGAACCUAGCGCUUCUUGUGGAUAUGAGGGGAAACACAAGUCAUUUGUGAAUAUUGAGCUAGAAAAUAUAGAAGAGAGCAGAUCCUCAGCUCAAACAGAUGUUAAGAAAAGGAGGAGGCUUAAUGCUACUCCUAAUAAGGGUGUCAACAAAUCAUCAGCUGUGAAGGAGCUGAUUGUAGAAUCUGCAAGUAAAACGUUAGGUGGUGUCAAGGAAACCCCACAAGCAAGUUUGAGGAGGAGACACAUUACUGCGAAUGUAGAGGCAUCUGAAUCUUGUGAUGAUGGUAGCUCAUUGGUUUGUAGAAGGAUCAAGGUCUGGUGGCCAAAGGAUAAGAUGUUUUAUGAAGGUGUUAUUGAUUCUUAUGAUCCUAUCAAAGGAAAGCACAAGAUUUUGUAUGCCGAUGGUGAUGUUGAAGUGUUGAACCUCAAAAGACAGCGUUGGGAACCAGUUACUGUAGAUGUUUUGUUACAUGAGGAAGGACUUGCACAUCAGAGGCAUGCACAAGCAUCAGACAUAGCAGAAAAUGGCAAGGAAAAAUCCGCAUUGGAGUCAGCCAAGGGUGCAAAUAUAAAUUCUCAGUCCAGUAGGGGAAGAGCUUCAGCUUCUGCAGGCAUCUUCAAAUCUGUGAAAUCUGCGGAUACUUCUGCUGUUGAUUUGGCUGAUGAUUCACCUAUCAUUUUUAGCAGAAAAGACUCUAGGACACCUAAAACCAAAAGAAGAAGGGUGUAAAUGAAGAAGGGCAUGAAAAAGGUUACCAGCUACGGGCCUCAAUGCAGUGAAGCUGUGCAGUGUUUACUAGUUAGUCUUGUUUUGUUUCAUAGUUAGUGUCAAGAACCCUGCAAACUGGUUAGUCUCUAGCAUGGUUUGAUAUAUUAUGGUGUCUAAGACUAUUUUCUUCAGAAGGGUUUUUUCACACCCUUUUCAAAACUUGGUUCCAUAUAGGUAAAUUAAGUCAUCUAUUUGUGUUAGAAUAGAAGGGUUUGUUCAUUCUUGUUGAUUGGCAAGGUUAGUAUUCUUGAAUAACAGAGGAAAUGAUUUGUCACCUUUGAUUCCGCAUGGAUAAGGGACUGGCUUCAUAGGGUGAAUUUCUUCAGGUCUCUCAAAAGUACUUAACAUUUAUGGUCCCUUUGAUGCCUUAGAAAAUGAAAAGGACUGACUUCAUCUUUGAUUUUAAAAA